GAGGCGGCGGUCAGAAUGGCGAUGGGCAGCAGACAGAGCAGCCAUUGUGAGUCGCUGGAACUGGCUUCAGGCACAUGUCUCGGAUCUGGAGUACCGAAUCCGGCAGCAAACAGAUAUUUACAAGCAGAUUCGAGCGAACAAGGGCCUGAUACUCCUUGGCGAGGCACCUCCCUCUGAACCCACCUUAGGUGACUCAUCCCACACCCUCAGUGCUACUGACAUCAAGUUGGAGCCUGGGACUGAGAGACUGGGCACUUCAGUCUCUCAGCCGCCUGAGAACUUUUGUACGUCUGUUGGCAAUAUCCAAGAGUCCCUACCUGCCAAAACCUGUGGAGUGCCGAGGCCGGUCAAUGGCGUCAUAAACACUCUACAGCCCGGCUUGACAGAGCAUGCUCAGGGAGACGGCUCAGAUGCAGAGGAGUUGCUGCGUAAAAAACAGAGGCUAAACCUGGUCCCUUUGCCUCCUGAUGGAACCUGUGUAGCAGCCCGCACCCGCCCUGUCCUCAGCUGCAAGAAACGACGGCUCGUUCGGCCCAGCACCCUGGUACCACUCUCCAAAAAGGUUCAUCGCAAUAGCACGGGGCGGUGCAACUGUGACGUGAAUCCCUUAUGCGCUCUCUGCGGCACUCGCAGCUCAGUGCCUCCAGAAAUCCAGUACGAAGCCCCUUUGAUGGAACGUCUUUCACAGCUGGACUCCUGCAUCCACCCGGUUCUCUCAUUCCCAGACGAUGUACCGAUGAGUUUGCAUUUUCAGAGCAUGCUGAAAUCCCAACUGCAGAACAAGCCUUGUGAGAAAAUCAAACCUCCCAAAAAGCUCACCCUGAAGCAUCGACCCACCAUGCCUUCUAGCAAUCUGUCUGACCCGGUGCGCAAGGACCGCCACAAGCUCGUUAAUACGUUCUUAGCUGCAGCCACUUGCUCACAUCACAAAGCCGAGCCAGACAAGGCACACAGGCAGUCCUUAGACGAUCUAAGGGCCGCUCCCAAGGCCGAGAGAGCGCCAGAGCGCUCGCUUAUCCUGACUUCAGUUCAUGAGAGGAAGCGAUUACGGGACAGCUCCUCCGAGAGAAGUGAAGUGUUGAAGCACCAUGCGGAUAUCGGAGGCCCAAGCUACCUGUCGGGCGCGAUGGCCUCAUCGGCUCACAGUCCCAUCGUGCGGCAGCUGUCCACCUCCUCGGAAAACUCCACCCUGGCCAGCACAAGCUCCCUAGGUGCCUCCAGUGCAUCUCAGCAGCCCAGGAGGCGGAGAGGGGAAAGCUCUUUCGACAUUAAUAACAUUGUCAUCCCUAUGUCUGUCGCGGCAACCACUCGUGUAGAAAAACUGCAGUACAAGGAAAUCCUUACGCCAAGCUGGCGUGUUGUGGAUAUUGGUGCUCUGAAGGUGAAUCCGGAUGAAGAUAAUGAAGAGAUAGAGGACCUGUCGGACACAGCCUUUGCCACUCUCCAUGCCAAGUGUGAGGAGAUGGAGCGGGCCAGGUGGCUGUGGAGCACAAGUGUGCCACCUCAACGGCGGGGCAGCAGGUCUUACAGAUCAGCAGAUGGACGGACAACUCCACAGAUGGGGAACCCAUCUACCCCCCAGCCAGCUUCCCCUGAAGUGGGCAAUGGCCACUCCCAUUCUGACUUCCCCCACGCCCAUUCUCCACGGAGUCCCAUCAGCCCUGACCUGUUCUCCGGCCCCCACACCCCUCUGUCCCGGGACUCCAUGCGGCAUCUCUCCACAGAGGACACGCGUUGUUCCACACCGGAAUCUGGCCUUGAUGAACAGACUGUGCAGCCCUGGGAGCGGCGCAGCUUCCCCCUGCCCUACAACCCCAAGACAGAGUGUGAGGACCUGUCAGAUCCGCAGGACCGGUCGUCACGCUGCACACGGCGCACGUCGGGCAGCAAGCCCUCCCGAGAGACGGACGGAGCGCCCACCUCCCCCACCCUCGCCAGCCUCAAGAGCCGGAACCCGGGGGCAGUGGCCACAAUCCAGCGGCCGGCCCACAGAUAAGAGACAGACAGGAAGAUGAAAGCAAAAAGCAAUCCACCAAACUAACUCUUGGCAUUAAAGCUUCCGAAAUCUGCGUUUGAUAUUCAAACAUCCUGCUGGGAAUUUUCACAGUUUUUAGUGAAUUUAAGGAGUUUAGAAACUGUUUUUUUUCCUCCUCCUCCUCCCCCCCCUUCUCUUUCAGUGUUUCCUUGUCACAGAUACCUUCUCCAGUUCUCUGUGGUCUAGUGAGGAGAGCAAACGUGUUGCCCCCCCCCCCAUGCUUAGGUGUCCACUUCUAGAACCGAGGGUGAAGCUGGCUGAUUGACCUCCUUGGAGUUCAUUCCUGGGUGAAAGGCUACUUCUCUUUUCUUUCUUUUUGGGUCAUUCAGCGUCUGUUCUCCUUACUUGCCACCACCACUCUGUCCUUCCUCUCCCUUAAGAUUUUAGUGGAGUGAAAUUAGUGGUGAAAAGUGAUGUCUGAAUGCCACCUUCCUCACAAAAAGUGUCCCACUAGCACCAGAAAGCACUUGCAGUGCAAAGUCUCUAGCUGUUUGGUUCCCAAGGCUGUAUUCAAAAGGGCCGGCUUCCCAGUCCUGAGGCCCCAGUGGGCCCCUUUCUCUCCACUUACCGCCUUCAAUCCUCUCUGCUGUUCUGCUGGUUUUGAUACCAUUCGUCCAUCUUAAAGAGGAACUGUUGUGUUUGUGCAAGGAAAAGGUAAUUUCUCUUCAGCACCCAAGUUACAAUUUCAGGCAUCAGUUUUCUUCAGAUCCUAUUGUGGGUUUCUUGGGAGAGGGGUAAUGUAAUAGCAUUGAAAAUGGGGUCCAACAUUUCAAAACGAGUAGUUUUUUACACCUUCAGAUUUCUUUUGUUAGAUGUGACUUGCGGGUCCGUCCCCCCUGCCGCCCUUUCAUUGUGCCAUUAACAAUUAACCUUUCGAUUUUGCCCUCUGCUGUUAACUUAAAAGUUGGGAGUAGUUAUAGGUCUGCUGCUACUGAAUUGCCAUACAGUAGUGUUAAGCCUUAAAUAGUGGGAGGAAUGUCACAGGAUUCAACCACUUGCCACCCUAGACCCAUAAGCCAUAUUUUAGUUAGAGUAGUAUGAUCUCACUGUGCAUCCUCCACCCCCUUCUCAAGUACCCCUCCAGUUUUAUGAUCGAUCCCUUGAGUACCUAAAGCGUUUGGGUUUUUUGCACUGAGCAAGGUUAGGACUUUGUUUUUCACCACUACUGCUUGACUCCACUUCCACACACAAACUUUGUUGAAUGCAAGCGACUCAUCAGGUUCUUUUCCCCUUUUCUGAGUUUCUCGGGCCGACUAUCACCAAGCUCAACAGGUUCUUUUUUUUUUUAAUUAUUAUUAUUAUUAUUUAAAGAGGCCGCUGCCACCACCUCCCAUCCCCCGCGAGUCCCAAAUUCUGCACACCGGUCAACCUGUAAUGUUUUUCUGACCCUAGCGGUGUGGCUGUUGGUCCCCGUCCUGUUGUUAGCAUUGCGCCUGUCUUCUGUAUUAAUCACAUCACCAAAAAAGAAAAAGGAAAAAAAGACAUUUUUUCCCAUUUUGUAAUCGUAAUGAAAUAGUAGCUAAACUGCUUAAUGGUUGGGGUUUUUUCACAAUUUUCAACAUUACCUAAUUUUUUUUGUUCUGUUCUAGUUUAAUUUCUUUAAAAAAAAAAAAGAGGAAAAAAACCCAAUGCUACCAUAUCCCUCUGCAUUAAGUGCUUUUUCUAUUUAUAAAGUUGAAAAUUCUGAAUAACCCUCUUAGCGUUAUAAAGGGGAAAAAAAUCCACAAAAAAACUUGUAUUUUGUAAAUAUUUCUUUUCCUGCUUCAAGCUGUGUAAUGUCCUUGUUAUAUAGAAACGCUUUUCUUCAGAGAAGCUGAUCUUUGUUUAAUGUCUUGAUUCUGUUGGCCAAAGCACAGAUGUGUGCUUAUAAAAAAAAAAGAAAAAAAAGGAUUAAAAAAAAUUUAAAAGUUAAGAAAGCUGUAUGCCAAAUGUC